UUUUGUUCCCCACAUCUCUGAUCCCCCACGUUAAAAAUACUUAGUGCUGGCCUUCGGCUUUAGAUCACUCUACUGUGCACCUAGCUUUUCCAACUAGAGAGAACGCUGUUUUGCUACGUGUGGUUCUCAGUGAGACGGUCAAGUUGUCGGCCGCACCCACCCAGCUUUCCUUCCUGAAGUCCCCGAGUGGAGGCGUUCGGACGUCUCAGAUGACAGUGAUCUCUACAGUCAGGCAGAUCUAUGCUAUGGUUGAAUAACACAGGCUUGCAAAUAUAUCAAUCCAGGACAGCGCUCUUUAUCUCUGCGCAUCAAACCAGGGAUUUUCCAUCACUUGAUCUGUGGCUCUGACAAACACUGCAGAGCAGUUCAAGGUACAUACUUACCUGGUAAAAGCACCUACGGAUUUGCCAUUCCGGUGUCGUGAAGCUGCAAUCCCGACAACCGGUGACCAGGGACAUCAUGCCGACCCUUUCGUUGAUCAAUUUCAACAUUGUCUGCGCUACGUUGGGUGGGUUUAUCUCGGUAUUUGGCUUAGUGUCCUACUUGUUUAAGGAGAGAUUUUACCUGUCUGAAGCAUUAAUCUCAUUAUUGGCCGGGGUUCUCUUCUCUCCACAUGCAGCCAAUUUCAUAAGACCUAAGGAAUAUGCGCUCGGCUCAGAACAAAAUCUGGAGGAGAUUACAAUGUACUUCACCAGGUUAGUUCUUGGGGUUCAGUUGGUACUUGCCGGGGUCCAACUUCCGAAACGCUACCUGCAACUAGAAUGGAAGAGCCUCUCAUUGCUGCUGGGUCCCGGCAUGGCGGCCAUGUGGCUAUGUAGUAGCCUUGUCAUUUGGGCCAUGAUCCCUAACUUUCAGUUUCUACAUGCUCUCAUAAUUGGCGCAUGUGUAACUCCGACUGACCCAGUACUUUCCAAUUCGAUCGUAAAAGGUAAGUUUGCGGACAAGAAUGUUCCUCGGCCACUCCAAAGGAUCAUUGUUGCUGAAUCAGGCGCCAAUGAUGGCCUCGGAUAUCCUUUUCUAUUUUUUGCUAUGUAUCUGCUCAAAUACACGGGUAUGGGAGGUGCAGGGUAUAGCGGAGGCGCGGGGAAAGCCAUGGCCCUGUGGUUCUACGAGACCUGGGCUUACACAGUGAUAUUAAGCGUUGUAUAUGGCAUCACUGUCGGCUGGGUCUCCAGAGAAUUGCUUCACUGGGCUGAAGAGAAGCGUUAUGUCGACCGCGAGAGUUUUCUCGUCUUUGCUAUUGCCCUUGCACUUUUUAUUGUGGGUACCUGUGGCAUGAUUGGAACAGACGACCUCCUGGCCUGCUUUGUAGCAGGUAACGUUUUUACUCAGGAUGAUUGGUUCCGUCUCGAAACGAUGGACGAUUCGCUACAACCAACCAUUGAUAUGCUUUUGAACUUGGCAAUCUUUAUGUGGUUCGGUGCUGUCUGCCCAUGGUCCUCCUUCCUGAACAACAAUAUUAUUCCAAUAUAUCGCUUGAUAUUCUUGGGGGUCUUGAUCCUGCUCGUUCGCCGGAUGCCAAUCAUCUUCGCAAUGCACAAGUAUAUCGGCCAAAUCGAGCACCUUCUUCAAGCAGCCUUUGUUGGCUUUUUCGGUCCCAUCGGCGUCGGAGCCAUUUUCUAUCUAUCGGUCUGCCGAGAAUUUCUACAGGGUAUCAUCGUUGAUGGCAAAGUCCGGGAUGAUGCACAGAAGGUUUCUGAGGCUGUUGAUGUUGUCGUCUGGUUCUUAGUCAUCUGCAGCAUUGUUGUGCAUGGUCUUUCUAUACCGUUGGUGAAAGCGGGAUAUCAUCUGCCGCGGACCAUUUCCAACGCACUGAGUGUUGGUUCCACGCCCGAAGCAGAGCCGGUGCCGAUCGCAAACGUACAGCAUACCCACAGCACUGCAACACAAGACAACAACCGAGGGCGUAAACGGCCCGGCGCACCUCGGUCUACGACUUUGCAGAUAGGCCGGUCCGUCAUAAGACCGCAAUCGACGGACCAGCGGCAACUAGGUACAAACCAUGAAGGAGAACCCGAAAGACCUGUAAACUUGGUAGUGCAGGAACCUGACAAUGAGCCUACCUCAGGCAGCAAUACACUGGGAGCUACGGAGUAGUAGUCGUUGAUGCAACUAGUGCCAGUGAGUGUGGUGGUCGCGGAAACUGAUCGGCCAAUACAUUCAACAUGGGCCGGGCCGUUCCUGUUAUCGCACACUCCUUGGACAAGAAGUUUAAUAUGAUGCCUUUCACAAUUCUUGUAUAUUCUGAAGAUCAUAGAGGACAUAGUAUAGUGAACAUUUUGUUCUCCACGUCUUAUACAGUGACUGUGAUCCUUGCUACAUUUGUGCCUGCACGACUGCUACUUGGCGACAAGACUCUCUACAGUUACCCAGGGACGAAUAGGCUAGGAAAUCGUUGUAACUUGAGUAUGCGAAUGAUUUAGAACAGUCCGAGAAACUCUUGUUCAUCUCUUCAUUUGAAGAUCAC